AUAUGGCGUAUGCUCACCGUGUACCCGGUGUGGGACAUAUCAUACGACGUGGCUACAAUAUUCACACUUGGGAGUGUAAUAUGGGUUAUAAACGCCUUCUUCGUCUGGCUGCCUCUGGUACGGCCGAAGACCGAGUUCAAGAAUGAGAUCCUCUAUGGCGGGGGAAUCACUGCUUUCAUUGGCGCGACAAUCUUCGAGGUUGGAUCCUUCCUGUUAAUGGCGGAGGCCGUCAACGAGAACAGGACCGGCUGCUUUGGCUGGGCGCUCGAGCGGGCAUUAUCCCAUGACAGCGAGAAGGCAUCUGAAAGCGUCCGCUUGCGCCCAUCCAAGUCCGCCUGUACCCACCACCACAUCAUCAAGCGCAGUUUCGUCGGCAAGAGUCGCAACAUUGGCACCACACCGCGUCCGAAAUCCACGCUGAAGCCGAGCGGGAAAUCAUGGAUCUGGUUUCCUUCGAAGGAAGAGCUCCGUACCCACUACAUCCGCGAGCUCGGCUUUCUAGCGUCCUUUGCCCAGUUGAUUGGAGCGACCAUCUUCUGGAUUUCUGGCUUUACCGCUCUGCCCGGGAUAUAUGACCACAUGUCAGAUACUGUCACCAUUGUUCUUUUCUGGACCCCUCAGGUUGUGGGCGGCUCCGGCUUCAUCAUCUCUGGGACGCUCUUCAUGUUGGAGACUCAGUCGCGAUGGUGGAAGCCUGCUCCAAGAACGCUAGGGUGGUGGAUAGGCGCUUGGAAUCUGGUAGGCGGGGUAGGCUUCACGCUGUGUCCCGCUUUUGGCUACAAUACAAAGAGCUGGGCGCAGUAUCAGGCGAGUCUAAGCACUUUCUGGGGUAGUUGGGCCUUCUUGAUUGGGAGCGUAAUACAGUGGUACGAGAGCUUGGAGAAAUAUCCUGUCGAGAUUUACAGG